AUGGGAAAAUCAUCCAAGGAUAAGCGCGACGCAUACUAUCGUCUCGCAAAGGAACAAGGCUGGCGAGCUCGCUCGGCAUUCAAACUACUGCAACUCGAUGAGGAAUUCAAUCUUUUUGAAGGCGUGACGCGAGUGGUUGAUCUUUGCGCCGCUCCAGGGAGUUGGUCCCAGGUUCUGUCACGAGUGCUAAUCAAAGGCGAACGAAUCGGUCGGCGGACAUGGGAAGACAAACGUCAUGCCGAACUUCUCGCCAAACGCACACCCGCUGGCGAAACUUUCUCAGCGUUGUCCAACGAUCCAGCUCCUCCCACUGCUUUCGAUGGACCUCGCCGAGACAUCAAAAUCGUCGCCAUUGACCUUCAGCCUAUGUCGCCGCUUGACGGCAUCAUCUGCCUGAAGGCUGAUAUCACACAUCCGUCAACCAUUCCCUUACUCCUCCAGGCAUUGGACCCUACAGAUACAGCUACGACAUCAGUGACAACUGCUCCUGCCGAACCUACUGCCGACACGAGCAUUUCCCGCAAUCCCGUCGACCUCGUGAUCUCGGAUGGCGCACCUGAUGUCACCGGUCUGCACGACCUCGACAUGUAUGUGCAAUCGCAACUACUCUGGGCAGCGCUGAAUCUCGCACUGUGCGUGCUGAAACCAGGCGGAGCCUUUGUGGCCAAAAUCUUUCGCGGUCGGGAUGUCGAUUUACUGUACGCCCAAUUGCGUGUGGUCUUCGCCAACGUGCACGUGGCUAAGCCGCGGAGUAGUCGCGCCAGCAGUGUCGAAGCGUUCAUUGUUUGCUUGGAUUUCCGUCCGCCACCUGGCUUCAAGGCAAGCUUAGACGAUCCGCUUGGGGGCAGUCAAAUUCUGGGGUCGCUGGGCGAUCCAACAUUACCAAACACCACAUCAAACGUUGCGAUGACAGAAGCAAUGGUCGGUGAUGAUGGCGUAGCCCGCAUGGAUGUGGACUUUGACGGCAAGGCAGAUUCGUCUCAAAGGUGGAUUGCUCCUUUUCUAGCCUGUGGCGAUCUAAGUGCCUUCGAUGCCGAUGCGAGUCACAAGUUACCUGAAGGUCAUAUCAGCUUGGAUCCUGUUCAGCCUCCGACGGCACCGCCGUAUCGAAUGGCACUGGAAGAGAGAAAGAAGAUGGGUGGGGCAUAUGGCAAGACCAAGCUGGCAUCGACUGUAUGA